GCCCCAGCUUGCUACAGGUUCGGACUCAUCCCCACCCACUUCCCCCGGGCCGGCCCCAAAGCGCCUGCCUCCUCCGUGCGCUGGCUGGCCAAGCCUGGGCUUCUGGCCGCAGAGCGGCUUUGCGCUGCCCUGCCCUCGCCCUAGAAUAAAGUAGCGGCCGCAGACAGCGCCUCCCCUCAAUGCACGCGAGCUAGCGAGCGAGCGCCGCCGCCGCCGCAGCCCGGAGGAGCGGCGAGCAGAACCCAGCCCGCGAGCGCCCCUGCCUCUGCCCGAGCCCAGCCUGCCCGCCCUGCGGAGGAGGAGGCCCCCGGCCCCGGCGGCAGCAGCAGCCGCAGCCGCAGCCGCAGCCGCAGCGUCAGCCCAGCAGCAGCGCGCCCGGCCGCCCAGCCACGGGUCCUGAAGAGGCUGCCAAAAUGCCUGAGGAAAGUUCUCCUAGGCGGACACCCCAGAAUGUCCCUUAUGAGAGCCUUCCCCACCUGGUCAAUGCAGAUGGGCAGUAUCUCUUCUGCAGAUAUUGGAAGCCCAAAGAGAUGCCAAGGGCUCUCGUGUUUAUCUGUCAUGGUGCUGGUGAACACUGUGGCCGCUACGAUGACUUGGCCCAGAUGCUGAAUGAACUUGGCUUGUUGGUGUUUGCUCAUGACCAUGUUGGCCAUGGACAGAGUGAAGGUGAAAGGAUGAUCGUGUCUGAUUUCCAUGUUUUCGUCAGGGAUGUGUUCCAGCAUGUAGAUCUCAUGCAAAAAGAUCAUCCUGGGCUUCCUGUCUUUCUUCUGGGGCAUUCCAUGGGAGGAGCCAUUUCCAUCCUAACUGCUUCCGAGAGACCAAAUAGUUUUUCUGGCAUGGUUUUAAUUUCACCUUUGGUGGUCGCCAGCCCAGAAUCAGCAACAACUUUCAAGGAAUUAUUGUACAACUUGAAAGGAAUAUUGCACUCAGCCACAGCCAAAGCAGCUCAUUGGAGUCCAUUCAUCAUUUGGGUCCUCGCUGCGAAAGUUCUCAACCUUGUUCUCCCCAACCUGUCCCUGGGGUCCAUCGACUCCAAUGUGAUUUCCCGAAAUAAGACCGAGGUCGAUUCCUACAACUCAGAUCCCCUGAUCUGCCGGACGGGGCUGAAGGUCUGCUUUGGCAUCCAGCUGCUGAACGCCGUGUCCCGGGUGGAGAGGGCCCUGCCCAGACUGACACUGCCAAUUCUGCUGCUGCAGGGGUCUGCCGACAAGCUGUGUGACAGCAAGGGGGCCUACGUGCUAAUGGAAGCUGCCAAAAGUCAGGAUAAGACCCUGAAGAUAUAUGAAGGUGCCUACCACGUCCUCCACAAAGAACUCCCCGAAGUGACAAGCUCUGUCUUCCAUGAAAUAAAAAUGUGGUUCUCUCAAAGGAUAGCUACAGGAGGAGCCACUGCCAAUCCCUAAGCAUUUCAGCCUGAUUACCAUGUCAUGGUCUGUGGGAAAUAGGCAGAGAAAGGGGUGGAAGCUGGUUUCUUAGCUUCAUCUUUACCAAAAUCUCAAAUUGGAGGGAUUCCUAGCACAAUUUGUUUAAAAAAAAAAAAAGUAGACAUUCCUAUUAUGGGAUGACCCCCCUUUCAGCUAUUUGAACAAUUUCCCUUAAGGGGAGGGGGUGGGAAGGGAGAAACCCUUUAUGGGAAAAGGGAACCGGGUGGGGAAAGAGCUAUAGGCGAAUCUCAAGAUAGGGUCUAUAUGCCAAUGAUUAUAGAAAGGAGCCCCUGUGCACCAACUCUCCCACCCACCACGUGGUUUCUCUUGGAAGCCUGGUAUUACAUGCAGGGAGGUAGGAGGAUCCUCUCUACCUAUACUGCAAUAUUUGCAGAGGUUUUAUAACUGACAGUUUGUUGAGUUUCUCCUCCUAAUAUGAUCUGAAGGACUCCCGUCCUGUUCCUGCAUGUCCCAACUCCCAUUUGAUGUUCAAAUAGAAAAUGAGUCCUUUAGCCCAAGGAUCCAGGUAGGAGAUUUAUUUGGUCAUGGGAUCAAUGUAAAUCAUUCCAUGAUCUAAUUCAUGGCUAAUUCCGCUGGCUGGGAUCUGUAGAGCUUCCUGGGUGAGGCUGAUGUCCCACAGGAAAAAAAAAAAACAAACAAAAAACUGAACAUGGGAGCACAUUAAGCUCCUUCUCAAUAUAAUCAGGUUUUCAGUGGAAAAUCAGUAUGAAAUAUUUAAAAGGAACACAAAUAAUAACAGCACAAAUCAACAUAAGAGGAGAGAAUUCUCUAUCUUCCCCAAAUAGACCCUUCCCCUUUCAAAGGACGGAAGCCCUGUAAUUAACAGAUCUGCUAUAUACCUUCAAAGAGUCUGCCUAGACUUGUUUAACCACUGACACUAUGAAAGAAAAAAAAUCAUAUUUAAUAUAAAAUGUUUAAUAUAUGAUUGCAUAUUAUAAGAUAUAUAGUAUUUUGGUGGUUGGGAGAAAGCUAAUUAUCAGAAAUCAAGGGGGUUUGAGAUAACAUUGCUGAAAAAAAAGAAAGUCCAUGGUGGUGAUGAGUAAAACCAUCAAAGCCCAUGACGGUUGGCCGGCAAAGCUCUUCACAGCUCUAUCUUCUUUAAAGGGUGCCGUUGGGAUCACUUCCAUCUCCUAACAUGGCUCUAGACGGCUGUGUUUGCCCCCAGCUUUGCCCCCCAUCAGCCUUGGGGAAGACAAGAGUGGACUUUGCUGGUAGGGACUCUGCAGUGUUCCGUUGCUCUUUGGAAGAUAUUCAUCACUCUGAAGAAGAACAGGACGUAAGGCUCCUUUCCAGGGUCCUCCCCCCACCCAUAUCCCCCAGCCUGGCUCUCUGGAAGAGAGCAGCUCUGUCCACGGCCAUCUCAGGCUAAGGCCCAACUGUCUCUUGGAGUUAGAACCAGCACGACUUGUGGAAGAUAAUCAUUGAAAAUGGGAUAGUUUGGGCAGAGAACUGGUGAUACCAAGAGUACUGCUCUGAUAGUCUGACAUGGAGGAAGCUAAAGCAAGUCUGAAUUACCCAGGAGAUAAAAUGAGAGAAAACAGGCCCUUCGGAGGGGAGGUUGGUGUGCGUGAUGAGCAAACCCUGAAGACAGUCUUCCUUCCUUCAUCAAUUCUGCAUGGAGGGCACUUCUUACCCCAGGGUUUCCCAUCAAGCCCGUGGUGUGCAGAACCUCGUCCAGAUCAUCUCCAGUUGCUGAAAGACGUGGGAACGUAGAAGAAAAACUGACAUGGCAGAGUUGCUGCUUGGGGAACUCCUCCCUAAAUUCUUCGGUGCCUUCAGAAUGCAAGGAGGGUCACCGAACAUUUCCUGGAGAAGUCACCAGUACUGAGGACACAGCUACCUCUGGUGGAAGGAUCGGGUGCUCCAAAACCGCCAGCACAUUCUCCCCAGUCUUGUCUGGCUCAACGGCAGUGGACCUUGGAGAAGAGAUGGGGGAAUCGUCUGCCUCAUUUUCCAAGUCUGCCCAGCACAGCCAGAAGAAUUUAAUAACCCUAAAAAUAUAAAAGUGGGGAAUCCAGAAGCAGAUUGGAAUUUUGCAUAAUUAACAAACAGAAUUCAAGGGGGAGUCACUUCCUUGAGCCAAAGAGGGAAACUUGUCAUCUCUCUCUCAGGCCCUGACAGUGGAGUAAAAAGAGGCGGAGGGAGGAUGCUCCAGGCCCUGAUUCCAAUCCAGUGGCCCGUUUCUUCUCAGGUGUGUGUCCAUCUGCCUCCCUUCACCUUUCCUCUCUCCUCUUCUCUUCCCCUCGGUGAACGCCAGCAAUAACAAGGGGUCACGUGGCUAAGACACUGUCUUUUCCAAAAAUGGACUUAAAAAAAAACAAAACUCUACAUGGUUCAUCAGAUACAAAUUCCAUGGCUGUUGGGAAGCUCCCAGAGGAACAAUUCAAGGAGCAAACCCCCACCACAAGGGUCCCUCCCACCCAUCAGCCUGCAGGAUUCAUUUCUGUUUCCAAAACUGCACGUAGACUCCAACCUCGCCCGCUGAAACGCCAACACCAGUUUCACAACAGAGAGGGAAAAAUUACAUCUUUCAACCUGCUGAGAAGUCAGAUUUUGGCCAAAUGCCUUCCUUCCUUUUCAGGCCUCAAACCAGCUGUGGAUGAGAAGGUGAGGCAGAACCUUGGCAAAGUCAUUGCUGAAAUAUCCCUGCCUCGUCUCCCAGGAGCUAAAAAGGUGCUUCUUGCUCUCAUUCCAGCCCUUUUGUGAGGCACCGGUUUCUAUGCCUAGGUUAUGGGAACUGACAGUAAGAACUACUACUGGCACAGCCUCACCCAUGCCUACCAGCUCCAGGAGCCCGCUCCGGCCAUGAGAGCCAGGUGAUGAGACGAGCCACCUCAGAGAGAUGGAAACCUCUCCCCCCAAUCCCACCAGACAAGGUGACCCUGGUCACCUAGCUCAAAGGCUGCCACUCUAAGGGGAGGAGGGUCUUCCUCCUGAGCUCAGUUCCGAUGAGAUUCAGAGAAUGACAAACGGCACCUGGGGAGACCAUGAGCAAUUUCUUACCCAUCUUAGCCAGGGCAUUACCAAAGGCAGGAGACAGACAGGCACCUGUGGGUUCAUUGGCAAGAGAUGCUUUAGUCUGUUUGGUUUCAGAUGUCUGUCCAGAUGAUGUGAUUUCCUCUCCUUUAGAGUCAGUGGCCUGAGGAGGGGGAAAUAAUGCAGAGAUUGUAUUCUGGGCAAAAGAUUAACCCACAUCUGCUUAGCAGGACCAAA